GGGUGGUUGUCAGUGACGCUCUCGAGCGGUCGCCAGGGCUGCCUGAGAUGCCGACUAUUUGGUUCUGGCCAGCGCGUCAGGCCCUUGCAGGAUCAGCGCCAUAGACGGAGAUUGAAUGGAUGCAUUACAGGAAUAUUCCCAUAAUUCAUUUGACCUGCAGUGUCUGUUAAAUUCGUUUCCCGGAGAUUUGGAGUUUAAGCAGAUCUUCAGUGACAUUGGAGAACAGAUGGAGCAAAAUGCUGCAAGUAUAGAACAUUGCAUUGAAGAAAUACAGUCUGAAGUAAACAAGCUCUGUCCAGAUGCACAGCUACAAACAACAAGUGACUGCUUCAAAUGGCUAACUAGUUAUAAUUAUAAUUUAUCUAAGUCACCAUCCAUUUCCCAUGGAGAUUUAAUAAACUUCCUCAAAACAAUGAAAGAUUUAUUGAAUAAUGAAGACAACCAUGAAGAAAUGAUUCUGGAUUUACUCUGGGACCUCUCCUGUCAAAGCAGCAUCUCUUUCCUGUCCUCUCUGGGUGGGACAACCUUCUGUCACCUGUCCAGGACUUCCAUACAUUCUGUUGAAGAUUUCUCCUCUGUGGAUGUCAAGUCUGUUUGGGAUGAUGUAAGAUUACAUCUUCGACGAUUCUUAGUAAACAGGUUAGAAAGAUAUAAUGAGAUAAACAAUUCACAGCAAAAAAUUGAACUGAAAAGUCAAUGUAUGAAGCAAUUCCUCUUGCUCUACUCAGAAUCAGAAGUGCUUGUCAAGUACCAAAGCAUCCAGAAGAGACUGCUGGAUACAUUUCUGCAAGACUCCUUUCCUUCGUGCAACAGAGAAUCAGAUUUAGAAAGAAUUGUGUGUGGAUACCAAAGUACUAUGCUCAUGUUAUAUUCAAUGAUAAAAGAGGAUUUUAAUGUACUAUGUGAAAUUUUAGCUCCAUCAUCACUGGUGCAGUUCUUUAAUGAAACUUACCUGGAUACGGUUACAGAAGAAAUGACAAAAAUUCUUGAAUAUUUUUGUGAGCUGCAGUUCAAAGAAAAUGCUGUUCCUGUAGUUAAAACAAGCAAGAGCUGCAACAAGCGCAGAGGAGCAGUGCAUGCUUUGGUCAGCCCUGAAUGCUCACAGAAGGAAAGACGCCCUUCUCUAUCCUUAGAAGAACUCAGAUUUUUAUCACAGCUAACAGAAUCCUUUGUGAAGCUGGAAAACAGCAUUCAGGAGCUGUUUGCAGAAACACUUUCAUUGCUUCAGAUGCCCAGGAGUUCUCCAGGAAUAUUGGAGAAAUCUAAGAAGGAAGUCAUGGUAGAGAAGCUUAUAGCAAAUGAAAACAAUAAACCACCAGAGGCAUUAUUACCAGUAAAAGAGGCUACUUUACUAGAGUUUGGCUGGAGAAAUGCUUUUAAAGAAGUGCCUCUUGCCAUAGCACACUGCAUAUCUGCAGCCAUUGAAGGGUUUUCCACUCAAGUUCUCCAGCAGGAACAAACUGAAAGGACCUCAUCUGUGAGCUACACUAUAAACCUUGUAAAUGUCCCACAACUUUGUCCAGAAGGUCACAUAUUUCCAGAGGAGGAGCAACCAAAGAGAGUUGCCAAGUUUUGUUCUGACAUCAUAGAAAAGCUUGAUACAAUGCUUCUCCUGGCCCUGGCAUGCCGAGAUGAUUCUCCUCAGGAAAUCAAAGAGAACCUGGUAGAGGCCUACAGUAAAGUGGCAACAGCUGUCCUGGAAAGACUGCAGGAGAGAGGAAAGGAGGUUCCUUCCCGAGCACCACUGAAGAACCUGCACAGCAUCCUGUCCUCAGCAACGUAUGUCUCUCAGCGGUUCACUCACUAUGAUAAUCUGAUGAAAGAGACAACUAAGAAACCCAUAUUCCUGGUGCCUGUCCAGCGCUAUCAGGAAUUCAUCAACACUGUCCAGUUUCAGGUUACGGACUACUGCGCCAGAGUUUGUGCUAUGAGCAUUUUACAGGAUGCUGAGAGCCACCACUGGGAUGACUACAAAGCUUUUUAUGAGGGGGAAAGAUGCUCCUUCGCCAUCCAGAUGUGGCAUUACUUCAGCUUGGCUCUGCAUCAUGAUCUCUGGACCAUACUGCCCCCUAAGCUGGCCCAGGAGAUUCUAGCAGAGAUGCUGGAGAAAUCCUUGGGUCUACUUGCCUCCAGAUAUGCUCGGGCCCACCCCAGUCCUAAGAGAACUGCACAGAUAAGACUUGAUGUCAUGGCAAUCUUAAUAUUCACUGAGAACAUGUUAUGGUCCAUUUGUUCUUCUGGACAGGAAAUUUUGAAUCCUCAUAAAUUUAACAACCAUAAAAUUUUUAAAAUUCAUACUCAUUGCAACAAUCUCUUUACAACAUUAGCAAUUUUGACAUCACCAUUAACCGAAUUAUAUAAGACUUUUCAGCAUGGUGUCGAUGAAUCACCUUCAAAUUCCUUAACUCCAUUGUUUAACCAGCCAUUACACUGGAUUUCAUGCAUGUCACAGUUCUACCCUUCUCUCCUCAGGCCUCCAUCAGUGGGUGGACUGACAGCCCAGGGUCAGUUGAAACUGCUCUUAUCGCAGCCUUGCUGUAAGUGGAACCUUCUUCUGGACACCCUGCUUCACAGUGGCGGCCUCAUACCGAGAAUCCUGUUGAAAAGUUCAAAACAAGCUGCUGGCAUGGAGAGUAAGCAGAGUGCAGGUGGUAGCCUGGUGGGCGCCAUCUUUGAAGUUCUGUACCAUUGUCAUUUGUCCUCACAGACAUUUGGAAAUGUUUUUAUGAGUCACAUGGAAGAAGAACAACUAUGGGACUUUUUAUUCAACAUUCCAGUCUCAUCGUUCACAGAGUCUCAGCCAGAAGUCAUCCACUGUCUGAGACUGGCACUGAUGGACUCUGUAAAGGACACUGUGCAACAGAUAAUAUCCAUCAUGAGAUGUCGGAGAAACAGCGAGACAAACCUAAACAAGCCCCGUGUUCCUGAUCAUCUGCUUCAGAGCAUUCCACAAGGAUGGAAUUAUAUCCCAAGAGAUUCCAGAGGGAAAGAGUCAAAUAAAGGCAUCACGGAGCUUGCUGCUCAGGCAGUGUCUAUUGUCCUCAGCAAGUUACCUACAGUGAUUGCAUGCUUGCCUCCCACAAUUAAAUACUUCUUUUUUCUGUCUGAGAGAAAAAUGUCAAAAAAUUUGGCUGAAUUGAAGAAAGCUGGCCUGCUUGUCUGGAACUUGAUUAUAAUUAUAUGUCGGAUAUUUGAGGAUGGGAACACCGUGGAACGUUUAACAGGUUCCUCCCUUGACAGAUGGAGUAAGGAGAAACUGGGUUUAAUUUGCUUGUGUUUGGAAAGUAUCCUGGGAAAGCAAAGCAAUCCUAGUCAGCUGACCCAAAAGGUCAUCCUGAGCAUCGAGCGGCAAAAACCCAACUGGAUGGAGCAACAGCUUCUGAAAGCAAGGACACUGAGCAUCCAAUGUGCAUUCACGAGGAUGGAGGAAAACUCAGGCUCAGAAGGAGAAGCUGCUCUUGAACUGACUGAGCAGAAAACAAAUGCGAUGGUCCUGGAUCUCUGCCACAAACCAGGUGGCAGCAAGUACCUGCAGCAAAUUUAUCACAUCAUGCAGCUCAAUGAGGAAUAUUUAAAAGAACAACUGUUUGCUAUGAAUGGCUCAGAAGAAAAGCCAUUACUCAUCAGACCUUUGAAGGUAGCCUUGAGGGAUGAAGAUCAGCCUCCUGCUUUUAACCCUUUUCAUGUGCAUAAGGUGGUCAGUGAAAGCAUGCUAGAUCAGGUGGCCACAGUGACAUGGUGCUGCGACUGGUCAAACUUGCUGCCAAAUUACCUAGGACUGAAUAAGAUGACCUUCGGUGCACUAUUCAAAAACAGUAAAUCCAGGGCAUGGAACCCAGGCAGUGAUUGCAUUUCUGGAGCGUGCAUGGAAGGCAUGCUCUGUACCUUCCUCUAUGGCAGAGCUCCAGUUUGCCAUUUGACAUUGUUUGCCAUGUCAGUGGGACAGAUUCAUGUUGCUUCUCUCUCUUUACCUUAUUUACUCAGAUGAAUUCCCAAGAAUUGUGUUGAAAAAUAUCUGUGAAUACAGUAGAGUGCUGUGCUAUUUUAACUGUUUAAAUAUACUGCAUAUGAGUUUGGCUUCAAGUUGAGAAAACACAAUUAAAUAUGAUGACAGGAACAGCCGAAGGGGUGGUAGUGGCAGAUUUCUGGCUAGUACUUUGGGGCCUUUCCAGGUGGACAAUAACCAUGCAUCUGAGAAGAAAGCAAGAUUAGAAAAUGUGUUGAAAAAAAAAUCUGUUGAUCUGUGGAUUUGCUCACCUUUAAUAAAAAUUAUUAAGAGACUUUACUCUGUAUCAAAUGAUAGUGUGUACCCUACCAUGUAUAGUGAACAGGAAUUAUUGUCUCUGGCCUCAAAUUGCACAGCCUACACUCCCAAGUGGCCAUUAGUAGGCAUUGUUGCCAUUAAUACAAUGUUUAUAGUGGCUUAAAGCAGUAAAUUCCUGGCUCAGCAGCAGGCUGCAUGGUUAUAAAGAACUGUGCUUAAGAGGAGAUGCAGAUAUUAUAAAUAUACACCUACCAGUUCCUACAUGCAUUACCUAUACUUUCAGAUUUGGUGUUUGGCUAUUUGCUGCUGCUGCUGCUGCUGCUGCUGCUGCUGCUGCUGCUGCUGUUUGGUUGGAUUUUUUUGGUCAUGUUUCCAUUCCACAGAGGACCAGUUUCCCUCCUCUCCACCAAAUGGUUUCUGCCUCAGUUAUUCACACCUUGUUUUAUCUUCUUAGACAGAAAACUAUGCUUCCAUCCAGAAUUUCUACAGCAGCAUGGUGUUUACAAAGAGAUUGCCACAUAUAAACUUAGGAUGAAUAAAUUUAACUCUGGGCUAAAGGUACACUAACCAAACAGACUCAUUCAUACUCAUUCAAACAGACUCUACUUCAUACCUGUCUUUCAUGUAAUGAAAGACAGGUAUGAAGUAGAUUGCAAAAUAUUAAAUAUCAUGGCCAAGGUCACAGAUAUUAAAUGGCAACUGGUACUCAAAUGGAGCAAUCCUUACUUGUGUCUGGUGAUUUAUAUAGUAUUUCCUACUCUUGGUCUCCUCUCCUCUCCUCUCCUCUCCUCUCCUCUCCUCUCCUCUCCUCUCCUCUCCUCUCCUCUCCUCUCCUCUCCUCUCCUCUCCUCUCCUCUCCUCUCCUCUCCUCUCCUCUCCUCUCCUCCCUUCACCUCCUUUUCUUCUCUUCUUUUAAGCUGUAUACUUUCUGCAUUAGUACUUAUGAUAGUGAAGACAAUGGAGUGACUAUGGCUCUAAAAAUUGAGCUUAUUUACAUACAUGUGUUUAACUAUAAUCCUACAGUAAACUUAUAGAUCAAUGUCAUUAUUGUUUCAUUAGUAAUAAAAGCAAGUCACAGAGACACAGAACUCUAAAUAAUGCGGUAAGAUUCUGAUUCAAAUUCAUGUUUCUGACUACUUUGUCUAAUGGUUCUAUAGAGCUCUGCUUUAGCCAACACAUUCUCAAGCAUCUACUGAGGUCAAGGCAUUUAUAUGAAAUACAGUAACAAUUUUCUAGAUAACAUACUUAAACACUGAUGGACUGAAUAGCAUUUCAGUUAGCCCAGGACCACAAAUAUGAUGGAUUCUUAUGAGAUUCAUCUAUACAACCAACAUUGAAACCUUCUAAGUUUGUGUACUCUGUGAUCUUAGCACAAUUACAAAAUGCCUAAUGACACAUUUCUCAGAAUGUGCCCCUAUCAUAAAGCAACACAGGACUCUGCUUUUACUGGAUGGCUCUCACAGUGUUGCCAACAGACUGGAUAACUAAUGUAACACCAAUGUAAUAAGAUUCAAGUUUCUUAAGAAGAAUCUUCCAUAGUUCCUACUAAAAGUCCACUUUUGUUUUUGUUAUCUCUAAUUCUUUUGAGAAAGAGAGCUCUCUGUGUUGAAACAUUGAAAGGUAGUGGACAUGGACUGGGCUAGCCUCAGGGCUGUGGCUGGACUUUUACCAGUGAUUUGAGAAGAUCACCAAUGUCUUAAUGAUACAAGUGAUAGGACCAUAAAACUAUUUAAGGACAUUAAGGACUUUGAGGUUGGGGGACACAGUGGAUACAGAAAACAGGUUCUUAUAUAUGGCAAGAUUAAAUAACUGUGAAUUAUGUAAGUUAACAAGGAUGCAAAUUAAACAAGGUCUCCAUUACUUGAGUGAGAAAAUAGACAACCUAAAUAAAUAUGUUAAAUGCUACUGACAGAAAUGCCGAAUUGGCAACAUUUUGAUGAAAGGAAGGUAUAAUAAUUUUCUCAAAAGCAACCUUGGGAGAAUUUUUGCUUGUCAGAUUGAACCAAAAUUCACUUUGUAAUAAAUUUUCACCUACCUAAUUAUGCAUUCACAUACUUUUUGGUUCUUGAAUGGAUCAAAAGCUAUUUAAAGACUUGCUUGCAUCGAACACAUUCUCUUUUCAAUGACUAUUCUUUAAGUAUUUCCCCUGUCAACUACUGUUCUGACUCCAAAGCCUCUGUUGUGUUCUCCUGUAAGAAGUUUUACCACAGGUUCCAUCAGGAGCAGGGCCAUUGAUUCAGUCUGAAUGAGGAUGAAAAUAUUGCAGAUAACUUGAAGGCAUUUUAAUCAUCAAUGACACUUUCUUUAUUUUGUUAGCAACAUAAAGUCAAGAUGUGAUAUCUUUGAAAAUAUUUCCCUAUGAUAUAAUUUUGAGAUUAAAAUUAUGUCUAGUAAAUAUUAUUUAAAAUUAUGGCAAAUAUGAACAACUAUUAAUAAUACUGUUCAUCUCCUUUUUAUAUAACAUAUUGCUGAUUUUCCAAGUAUACUGUAGAAAUUUCAAGGCUCACCAUGAGUACAAUGCUCACAAGAACUGUAUUACCUCCUUUUUCUGUAAGUGCCAUUCCUACUUAAUGUACCUAGGGACCGGUACAUUUCUAAAUCUGUUCUGUUUGCUCCAUACUGUGAAAUCUUUGAGAAAGUCCUUCAAAAUCAAGGUAAUUUAGUACCCUGAAUAUUUAUGUUAAUGUUGAAAUUUAUUUUGUUACAAAAUAUAAAAAUACAUACAUAUGUUAUUUCAAAGGGUAAAUGUGAUCAAAUAUAGAAUAUAAAAUACCUCUCUCUGACUUUUCAAUCAUAUAAAUUUCUUUCCACUUGUAAUUACUUGAAACAUUUUUUGGCUUUAUUAAAUUGGAUUUAUAAGUCAUCUAAGGGAUAUUCCAUAUUUCUGUUUUUACAAAUUUGUCAACUUAAAAUUAUAAUAUUGGCUCCUUGUAGUGAAAUGCAUGGAAUUUAAUUUAUAUUAUUAAUCCCUUUCCCCUCUUCUCUAUGCUCUUCUAAAAACACAAGCUAAUUUUUGUUCUUUUCUUAGUCAUCCUCACACAAUAUGUUAUAACCAUGGCAGUGUGCUCCUUCUCCCUCAGUUACAAGAUGGAUCAUGGUAUACUGACCAGCUGAGAGUCAGGGUGGAGGCUAGUGAUGAGAGGACUCCUACAGAUAACAGAAUGAAGUACUAUCGGGGAGUUGAGCACUUCCUCAAUUCUACAAUUGAGAACUCUGUGUAUACGAAAAGAAAGUAAAAGGAAAGGAAAGAAGAGAGGAGGGGAGGGGAGAGGAGAGGAAGGAGAGGGAGAAGAGAUGGGGAGGAGAGGAAGAGGAGAGGAGGGAGGAGAGGGAGAGGAGAGAAAAGAAGAGAAAAAUGACAAAAGAGAAAAGAGAAAAGAGAAAAGAAAAGAUACUUGGCCCAGCCCUCUGUUUCCCUCAACUGGCCUCUAUCAGUCUCUCAGUUCUGCUCAUCUAAGAUUAAAUCAUGAUCAUCAUUAAGUCUUUCUCCUGUUCCCAGAGCUCUCACCUCCCACCAUUGUCCAAAAUCCCAGGGCAUCUACAAAUGAAGUGAACCAUGUUAAUUGUCAGAUCCUCUGACAUUCACUAAUACUUUUGACACCUGUUAGCCCUGGGAUGAGGUGAUCUCCAGUGCCUCCUGCUUGUGACUUACAAAAAUGAAGUCUUUAAGUUCAUGUUCAGGUUCCAGCCUAAAUAUGUUGUAUUUGGACGGCUUCCUUUCAGAACAUACCUUGUGAUGUCACCUGAGGGAACAAAUACUUUUCAUAUAUUUAUUUUGAUGCAAAAGUUUAUUCUGGAUCAGGUUUCAUAUGAGAAAAGGGACAAAUGUUGAGAUUUAAAAAAAUAUAUAAAAACAUAUAAUAUUCAAUUUUUUUACUACAUGACAAAGCCUUUCUAUGGCUACGAAGAAAGGCUUUUAGUUUUCUGCUAUUGACCAGGAAGCUUGAUAGUCAAUUUUUGUAAAAUGACUACUCAGGGCUAAUGAACUAAACCUAGUAAGAGUUUAACAUCCUGAGGUGUGGCAUUCUGGUCAGAUAUGUAAUGGCACCAGUAACUGAGAAAAGGCUUUGCUGUUUACCACCCAUGUGUCCAGAAGACUUUCUCCUCAGUAUUAUGCCUUAGCUGUAUGUAUCAGCUUCAGCCAGUUCCAGAGAUGAAGAGCUACUUGUCCAUGUCAACAUAUCAAACUGUAAAGGCUUGUGAAGACUUAAGAUUCCCUGCAAGAAGUAAGUUUGGAUAAAGGAAUCUUGAUCCUUGGUAUUUUAUUGUUCAGGGAAAUUUUUUUCUGACAGACAUGAGAGGAAUACUAUAUAACCCGUGAAAUAGACCAGACUGCUUUUAAAAGUUCUGUCCUACUCUUCAGUGCAGCAGGGAAGACACUGGGUAAGGAGAGAUGUGGCUGCUUGUUUGUGUAUUCAUCCGACAGUCACUGGGCACAGCAGAUAAACAGAAAAAUCAAGAACUCCUGGUCUCAUAAAGUUCAGAGUCAAACAUAGGUAAAUGUCUUUUAAAACAAAAGCAAUGGUUAUGGCUAUCAUAAGGGUUCAGCACGGGUUCUGUUAUAGAACUACAACAGAAGGUUAUAGUAGAGGGAUACUUCAGAUAAUGGAGAGGAAGUCAGAAAAUGUCAAAGAAGCUGUAUCAGUCCACCUUAUAAUUGACAAUAAAUGUUGCAUGUAGAUUUACAUCAGCAAAUUGUAGCAUUUUAGAAGGUUCUGGAACAUUUGGGACAUGGCAUGUAGUAGACAGAUAGAGACCACUCAGGGUCAAGCUUGGAGGGGAUGCCUGCUUCCAGUAGGAAACUGAAAUUUCUAUUGUUUCUGUCUGGAUGGGAGGUGUCAGCCGCAUACUUCCACUUUCAUGAACUGCCAUUCUUCCCCUGCCAUGAUAAUAAGAAUGGAGGACCCACAGUGAAUCCUUUCUUUUUUAUAUUGUCUCUAUCAGGUGUACUGUGUCAGAGAUGGGAGACUAUAACACAGGUAAAGCAGGAGGCAUUGCAGUCAGAGUUCAGCACAAGUGACAUCAAGGUGUGGGAAUGUUGGUGCUAUGGUUUGCACCUAAAAUGUCCCUAAAAGGCUCAUGUGUUAGAGGACUUCUCUCCAGCCUCUGUUGCAUUGGAAAGCAGUGGAACCUGUAGGAAGCAGGGCCUAGUAGAAGGAAUCGGGUCACUGGAGGAAUGUUCUACAAGGGUACAUUUAGAACCCAGCCCCUUCUUCCCCUCUUGCUUUCAUAUUCCACAAGGUAGGAAACGUUUCUACACUAUUACACAACACCUUCUUUCACCACAGGCACCAAACCAACAAAGCCAACUGGGUACAAACUAAAGUCUCUGAAGCCAGGAGGAUUAAUAAUCCCUUUAUGUUAUUAAGUUGCCUAUCUCAGGUUGUAGUGACAGGAAGAUGUGUGAUACAGGUGACCAUGCAAUAAAUGCCAUUGUAAAGCAGAGUUUUCUUCACUACAUUUUGACUGCCAAAUUAGUUCUACUCACAACAAAGAGACAAGUGAAUGGAUGCUGGCUGCUUAGGGCAGAGUUUCCAACUCAGUUAAGGGAAAAGGAUGUGGUGAAGAAGUGGGUCAUGGUCCUCUCAGGCCUUUUACUGAAGAGUAUUGAAAGAAUGUGAUUCCUUCCUUCAAAUCCUUGACUUAAUAUGAGCCUGUAGCUUGUUGGACAUGAGUAAUGCAAUUGCAGGGCCCUUGCACUGCAUAGAUCAAGUGGCCUUGGAGUCUGCUACUAAAAUCCAAUCUGCCUUAUUUUGCACAGCUUCAAUCGGAUGCACCUUCGUAAGGACACUUUUUGGCAGGUGAUUGAUGACUCUUGUGUCAAGAUGUGCUAGUUUAACAGUAGCCUUGGUGAAGUAGAAGAGGUGUACCUGAUUUGUCUUGCUCUUUGUCACUCAGUUCUUGCAGUCUGGCCUGGAGUGGCAGUCUGCUAUCUAGUGCAUAAGUGGGAAUGCCCAAGAGAGGCGGAGCUGUGCUCACAUCAGUCAGCAUGUUCAGGUUUCUGCUCCAAACUGACUCUUCUCAGGUGACCAUGGAUUAAAUUUGUAAUUUCCAAUAGGUAUCUGAAAAUGAAAGGAGGUAAAAUUGUUUGCUGAUUAAUUGUUCCAUCUUAACUUUUAGCUAAAUCUAGCAAAGAUUUUAAAGCCAAAGUUGUGUUUUAGCAAAUGUAUGUAUGUAUGUAUGUAUGUAUGUAUGUAUGUAUGUAUGUAUGUAUAUGUAUGUAUAGAUGCUCCUUCAUAACAACUCUGAAAUGCGUAUUAGGCUUGUGCACUCAUUGGAAAUAAUGUUAUUUUACAAAGUAAAAGCAUCCAUAAUUUCACUACAAGGAAGAAUGUUUGCUUCCUCUCCCACAUUUUAUUUAAUAAUUAUACUUGUUUUUAAAAAAGGAAAACAGCACACAAUUUGAAAAUGCAAUUUUCCUGAAGUGUUCAGUUUGCCGAUAUGUUUUUCAUUUUCUUCAUUCUGCUGUGGUGGAGAGUUGACAUUCUUAGAAAUGUGCAUCUUCUCUCCGCAGAGGCAGCAGAUGGUGUCACUAAUGUAUACUUUGGUGUAGGAUUUAUGAUGUAAUCUAGCACUGCAGGAGAUGGGGGUCCUGCCCUCAAAAAGCAUUUACUCUUUCCCCAUUGGGAUCAUUAUGACAUUCAAAUUUAAUUAUUUUAAAGUAUAAAGAACUUAAAAGUUUUUAAAAGGUUUGAGUAUGUUUAAAUGAUUCACUUUUUCCUUCUCUUUUUAGCUUUUCUGCAAAAAUAUUUCACCUAGAAACCAUUUGGUUUAUGUGUUACCCAAUCUUUUGUUAUUAUAACAAAGUACAGGAGAUAAUCAACUUAAAAUGAGAAAAGGCUUGUUUUAGCUCACAGUAGGUUUCACAAUUCUCUUUGAAGGAACAUUCCAAUGACCUCAAAUCUUCCUUGUAACCACCCCAUCACCUCUCUGUAGCUCUCUUUGUUGGGUGUUUGCAAUGCAAGCCUUAUAGACCUUUGGGACACAUUAGAUCCUGCCUAUAGCAAGUUAUUCUAAGUAUAUAUGCAAGUGUUUUCUUUUUUGGUUACCUCAUUGUUGGAAGAUGAGCCAAACUCUUUAACAGGAUAUGAUUUUUUUAGGGCGGGGGGAUUUCUACCCAAAUCUAAUGAAUCAAAAAAUUCUGCUGUGAAAGUCUCAUAUACUCAUGUACCCUAAGCAAGAACUGUAUUUAUAAAGCCAAAACCAGAGUUCAGGUUUUCUACUCUACUUUGAAAAAUACCACUUAAAGCAUAGUAUAGUCACCUUCUCCUUAUAGUAGAAAAAAAUGCUUAGUUGAGCAUCCCUUUAUGGUGCUUUGCUAUCUAUCAGGACCAGACUGAGAUGCUGUGAAUCAUGAUAUCCUUGCUCUGAUAACAGAGAAUAACAUUUCAUCGGUUACUCAGUAUUUUUUUUGAAUCUCUUUAGAGAGAACCUUUACACCCUCCAUUUCCAAAUAGAAGAGAAUUUGGUGUUGUGACUUUCAGGAUAGUGAUUGUUCUCAAAUGCACUGUCUGCCACAGAUAGGAGUGGCAACCAGAAAAGAAACCAUUUGCAUCUUCAGUGAAAGCAAUCAAGGAAUCACCCUAAUUAUUGGUUAACAGCACUCUGUGCUCUUGGAAGUUCUUUGAAAUUGUAUUUUUUAAAUGGAAAGAAAUCUUAAAUUAUGGCUAGAAAACAUUUCUCUUGAACUUCCUGAAAACGGAGCUGUGAGAUAGCUCAAGCCCCAGGUGACUUGGACCCUAAACUAUGAACCACAGUAAUAGAUAUACAUUUAGAAAUUAUUGGCUUUAUUUUUCAGCUUGAAGUACCACUUUUUGAUGGCAUGAGUUAAUGUUUUAUUCUUUAAUGUCAUUGAAAUAAAGAUGAAGAACAUUAUAUAGGCCAAGAGUAGGUAGUCCAUGGUAUCUUAAAAUAAUUUGGGAAGAGUUGUGAGUCCUUAUAUAACCCUUGUUGAUGCUGUCCAGUUAAGUUCCUGAACAAAUUUUAGUAGCCAAACCUGUCCAAAUAAUGGAAUUACAAACCUAGAUUUAUGAAUUGUUACAUUUUUAUUUCAUAAUUCUUAGUUCAGACAUCAAAUAAGAAACUGGGAAAAAGUAAUGAUUAUGAUGACUAUAAAGGUUUUUCAUUAUACUGUGACAUGUAGAGUGGAAGAGAAUGUUUGCUUGGAGAGUGGAGGUACACAUAGGGUACUUCAUCUGUAUUCAGUCAACUUCAAUUCAGGAAAUAGGAAGAUGAUAGAGCGCCAAGUAAUUGCAAGAGUGUAUCUUGCAGAUUCUCUUCCAGCUCCGGGACUGUUCACCUUUAGGAUUACAAUGAAACACGAGGUUUAUUAAUAUCAUGACUCAGAAAAAUAGAAAUUGUUAGAAUGGAAACCUUAGGCUGUUGUUGAUAGUACUUAGUACUGUGCAUAUCUCUGUCAGUCAUGUAAAUACAGAUAGAUUUCCUGCUCCAUAGUGAAAAGAAACUGCUGGUCUUGAGUAUAGAAAGCAUAUAAUAAGUGGUUACCUAAAAAAUGAAUUUUAACAUUCAUGCACACAUUGCUAGUGCUUUGAAGCUGCAAAGGUGCUGCAAAAUGAAUCUGUGGUAUUUACCCUUGAACCAAGGUUCCUGUCUUCUCUGCCUUCUGAGACUGGGCUUCCUCUUACUCUCUCCUGAUCAGGCUCUGUUUUUGCUUUCUCUGUGAUUAUCCUCUCAGUUUCCUGUCUGUCUCUGCUUACAUUUUCUUCUUCAUACUUCUUUUUAAGACAAUAUGAAGGAAAGUGCUCACAUUUAAACUCGUUUAAGGCUCUAAAGCAAGACUUGGGGGAAGGAAGCUGCCUUGGGCUCUAGUGCAAGUUCCAAGAAUGUCACCUACAUUUCAUGUGGACCAGGGAGGAGGAGAGGUUUUAAAUAAGGAUGAGUCUCCUGUUGCAUUAAUCAUUUAUAGAAAUAUAGAGCUAAGUGAGUCUCUACUGGUGUAUCAGAACACUUCUUUUGGAAAAACUGUGUGUAGCAAAAGAGAUUAUAUUGAAGAAGUCCCCCUAUAGUACAGAGACUCUGGAAUUAUCACUCUAAAAGUUGACACUAUGAAAUAUGUCAUUAAGGAGAGCUCUUUUAUGAUAGUCUUUAGAUUGGCAAGUUAUGACAAAACCACAUUCAUGUUACUUGAAUACAUCUUUUGUCUAGUUUUACAUGCUUUUUGACUUGUCUGGAAAAUGACAUCUUGAGGUUUUCACUAGCUUUAACCAAGUGUGAUUUUCUUCUGGAAGAUACCCUGGCAGGACUGCAGUUUAAGGGGAAUAAACCAGUGAAGCUCAGAAAGGCCACAGCCCCGUCUCAGAUGCUAGUAAGGAGUUGAAAGACUCAUUAAUCAAUCACAGAGUCACAGGUGUGAUGACUUGCCUGCAAACUGCCACCAGACUGUGAAAGUCACACCCCUGACGGGCUGAACUAUCAAGUAAUCCCAUCCACAAACACUGAAGCACAGCAAAAUUUUAACUGAUUUAUGUUUAAGAUGUGAUUUUUGAAAUGUUAAAUUUCCUCCAAAACUUUCUUUGCAAUAUAUUUCAUAAAAUGCAGACUUUUAAACAAAAUCAAUUUUGACAUUAUUUUAAUCUCCUAAAAAAUGUAUUAAUGUCUUUUCUAUAUGCCUUCUAUUAAUUCUUCCUAAUGUUUGUUUGCAUUUCUUUAAUAAUCUGUUCUACAUAGCUUUUUGGUUUUAUAUUUCUUUGACGCAUUAAGCAAUUGAAAUUUUGCAAUGUUUAGUUUAAAAUCAUCUAAACCAACAUGAAGAUGGCCAUGUGACUUUCUAUAUUCUUACAGCACAGUUAUAGUAGUUCGCUUUGCUAAUGAAUGUGUAGUUUGUAGUUUAUUAUGAAAUUUAGUAAUAUGUAUGUGAUAUCCUUGAGCAAAGUAACUACUAUGACUCCCAGGGUUGACUUCUGUUUUUUUUUUCUUUGCACAGUAAAAGCUAAAGCUGACUGAGUCUCUCUCUCUCUCUCUCUUUCUCUCUCUAACACAUACACAAAUACACAUAUAUAUUUUUGUGUUUGUUUCUUUUUUCUUUUUUCCUUAAAUAUUUUUUUCAUUUACAUAUCAAAUGCUAUCCCCAAAGCCUUCUAUACCCUCCCCCCACACCCUGCUCCCCAAGCCCCCCACACCCCCAUCAUGACCCUGGCAUUGUCCUGUACUGGCGCAUAUGAUCUUUGUAAGACCAAGGGCCUUUCCUCCCAUUAAUGGCUGACUAAGCCAUCCUCUACUACAUAUGCAAUUAGAGACACAGCUCAGGGGGAUACUGGUUAGUUCAUACUGUUGUUCUGCCUAUAGGGCUGCAGACUCCUUUAGCUCUUUUGGUACUUCUCUAGAUCCUUCAUUAGGGGCCCUGUGUUCUAUCCAAUAGAUGACUGUGAGCAUCCACUUCUGUGACAGGCAGUGACAUAGACUCACAAGAGAGAGCUAUGUCAGAGUCCUGUCAACAAAAUCUUUCUGGCAUAUGCAAUAGUGUCUGUGUUUGGUGGUGGUAUAUGGAAUGGAUCCCUGGGUGGGGCAGUCUGUGGAUGGUCUUUCCUUCCUUCUUAGCUCCAAACUUUGUAACUCCUUCCAUGGGUAUUUUGUUUCCAUUCUAAGAAGGAUGGAAGUAUCCACACUUUGGUCUUCCUUCUUCUUGAGUUUCAUGUGGUUUGCAAAUUGUAUCUUGGAUAGUCUAAGUUUCUGGGCUAAUAUCUGCUUAUCAGUGGGUAAAUAUUAUGUGUGUUCUUUUGUGAUUGGGUUACCUCACUCAGAAUGAUAUCCUCCAGAUCCAUUCAUUUGCUUAAGAAUUUCAUGAAUUCAUUGUUUUUAAUUGCUGAGUAGUACUCCAUUAUGUAAAUGUACCACAUAUUCUGUAUACAUUCCUGUGUUGAGGGACAUCUGGGUUCUUUCCAGCUUCUGACUAUUAUAAAUAAGGCUGCUAUAAACAUAGUGGAGCAUGUGUCCUUAUUUGGAACAUCUUCUGGGUAUAUGCCCAAGAGUGGUAUUUCUGGAUCUUCCAGUAGUACUAUGUCCAAAUUUCUGAGGAACCGCCAGACUGAUUUCCAGAGUGAUUGUACCUACUUACAAUCCCACCAACCAGUGGAGGAGUGUUCCUCUUUCUUUACAUCCUCACCAGCAUCUGCUGUCACCUGAAUUGUUGAUCUUAGCCAUUCUGACUGGUGUGAGGUGGAAUGUCAGGGUUGUUUUGAUUUGCAUUUCCCUGAUGAUUAAGAAUGGUGAACAUUUUUCAGGUGUUUCUUGGCCAUUCAGUAUUCCUCAAUUAAGAAUUCUUUAUUUAGCUCUGUACCCCAUUUUUGAUAGGGUUAUUUGACCAUCUUUUUGAGUUCUUUUUAUACAUUGGAUAGUAAUCUCCUAUCUGAUAUAGGAUUGGUAAAGAUCCUUUCCCAAUCUGUUGGUGGCCUUUUUGUCAUAUUGACAGUGUCUUUUGCCUUACAGAAGCUUUGCAAUUUUAUGAGGUCCCAUUUGUUGAUUCUUGAUCUUAUAGAACAAACCAUUGAUGCUCUGUAAAGGAAUUUUUCCCCUGUACCCAUAUCAUUGAAACUUUUCCUCACUUUCUCCUCUAUAAGUUUCAGUGUCUCU